CAUACGGGGAGUGUUCAGACCGGGUUGUCGCAGCAGAGCAUGCGCCAUAGCAGUGCAGCCGAGCCUUCCAGCAGAAAAACUACAGGAGGACAAAGGAGGCGGGGCAUGAUGAGGAGGAGAGGGGAGCAGCGGGAGGACAGCGCCACACUCAUCGCCAUGGAAAACAGUUCGCAGAACAGCUACGGCAGCAUCGACACGAAUGCACCUGCUCAGAACAGGAACGUGUUCAGUGACGGAUCGACUCGAGUUGAUUUUGUGUUGGUGUGGGAGGAGCCUCGGAGCUCCAAGGAGGAGGAGAGCACAGGUGUUAGCCCCACCCACAGGAAGUGGAGGGAGAAGUUUCUGAACCAACUGAGACGCACCGGACUGCUGCUGGAGCUGAAGGAGGUCCUUCAGACCAAGAGGAAGAUCUGUUUUGUCCUCCUCAGCGCUCCGUGGAGCGUCCUGUGUUACUACGCUGAAGAGAUCAGUCUCAGAGUGCCUCUGCAGGUGGUCACCACUCCGUUCAUUAACUGGUCUGAGAAGGUCCUGUCCAGGCUGUCAAUUCCCAACCUUCUGUUUCAGGACGUCCCGAACCCCCCACCUGACUACUACACCUGUCAGUUCAGGACCAACAAGCUGCAGAGGUUUCUGGGCAGCAACGACAGAGAGACGUUCUUCAAAUCGACUCAGAGACACCAGGUGCUGUAUGAGAUCCUGGCCCGGACCCGGUACGGUUCAGUGAAAAAGGGAAGGGUGGGAAUCGACCGACUGCUGAGUGAGCAGGUCUUCACUGCUGCCUACCCGCUGCAUGAGGGAGGUUUCAAGCCUCCAAACCCUCCGGUGCCCCCCCAGUCUUUAGGUCUGAGACAGAUCCUGUAUACAUACUGGGCCCGGUGGUCCUGCUUUAAACGCUACCAACCUCUGCAUCACAUCAGGGAGUACUUCGGAGAGAAGAUAGCCCUUUACUUUGCCUGGCUCGGUUUCUACACGGGCUGGCUGUUGCCGGCGGCUCUCGUUGGGACUGUGAUCUUCUUGUUUGGGUUCUGGGUCGUGGCCACUGAUGUUCCAGCGAUGGAGUUGUGUGACAGUGGGAACAGCUUCAUCAUGUGUCCUCUCUGUAACAUCUGCUCCCACUGGAACUACUCCAGCAUCUGUCUCACCUACAAGGUUGGUCUGUUGUUUGAUAAUGGAGGAACAGUGUUUCUCAGUGUCUUCAUGGCUCUGUGGUCCGUCACCUUCCUGGAGUAUUGGAAGAGAAGUUGUUCAACUCUGACUCACCGCUGGGGCUGCUCCGAAUUCCAGGACAUUGAGGAGCGCCCUCGUCCAGAGUUUACCGCCAUGGCGCCGAUGACCAUGAGGAACCCGGUGACCGGAGCAGAGGAACCGUACUUCCCUGAAAGUAAACGACUCAACAGAACUCUGACCGGCUGCAUGAUCAUCAUCACCAUGGUUGCUGUGGUGCUGAUGUUCCUCAUCACCAUCAUUCUGUAUCGCACCAUCAUUGGCAUCAUCAUCUCCAAGUCUCGCAACAGCUUCCUCACUUUUUCGGCUGGGAGGAUAGCCAGUAUUUCAGGAUCUGUUUUGAACCUGUUGGUCAUCCUCAUGUUGUCCAGAGUUUACAUCUCACUGGCCCGCAUCCUCACCCGCUGGGAGAUGCAUCGGACUCAAACUAAAUAUGAAGACAUGUUCAUCCUCAAAGUUUUCAUCUUCCAGUUCGUCAACUUCUACUCAUCUCCGGUUUACAUCGCCUUCUUCAAAGGCAGGUUCAUUGGGUACCCUGGAAACUACAACACUCCGUUUGGAGUUCGCAACGAAGACUGUGGAGCAGGUGGAUGUCUCAUUGAACUGGCCCAGGAGAUGCUGGUCAUCAUGGUGGGAAAACAACUGAUCAACAACAUCCAGGAGUUCAUCAGCCCGAAGUUGAAGUCGUGGUGGCAGAAGAGGAAGAUAAGUCGAGGGCAGAAGAAGGAGAAGGAAGGAGAGGAGGUGAAGGAGAAGGGAAAGGAGGAGGUUUCUCCCUGGGAGGCCGACUACCAGCUGCUGGUCUGUGAGGGACUCUUUGACGAAUACUUGGAGAUGGUGAUUCAGUUUGGUUUCAUCACCAUCUUCGUGGCGGCGUGUCCUCUCGCUCCUCUCUUCGCUUUUAUUAAUAACUGUGUGGAGAUCCGUUUGGACGCGCAGAAGUUCGUGACUGAAUAUCGGCGCCCGGUGGUGGAGCGAGCUCAGGACAUCGGCAUCUGGUUCUCCAUCAUGCAGUUCAUCACACACAUAGCCGUCCUCAGCAAUGCUUUCCUCAUAGCGUUCACCUCGUCCUUCCUGCCUCGUCUGUACUACCGCUACACCAGAGACAGCACGCUGAAGGGCUUCAUCAACUUCACGCUCGCAACAUCACCGCGCAACUACAGCCAGCAGCACCAGUCCUGCAGGUAUCAGGAUCUCAGGGAUGAAGAAGGUAAAUACCUGCCAGAGUACUUUCACCUCCUCGCCAUACGACUCAGUUUCGUCAUUGUGUUUGAGCACGUGGUCUAUUUCAUCGGACAUCUGAUCGACCUGAUGGUCCCUGACAUCCCAGAGGAGGUGGAGAUGAAGAUAAAGAGGGAGCACUACAUGGCCAAGGAGGCGCUAGCUGAGAACCAGUCUUUGGGAGAAACCCUGAUUCUUGGCGAGAAGGAUGACCUGUCUGGCGACCUGCGACAGCGUGGAUCAAGACCAUCACCUCCACCAUCACCACCACCACCACCACAGAGCGCCUCCCCUCCACCAAACCUGAGGGACAUCCCAUAGGAACCCCAAACACCGGGCAGCUGCUAAAAUAUAGCGAACAUCACCCUGUGAACCGCGUAUCUUCCCACAAUCUCAACAUCCACAUCUAUUAGAAUGAGCUUCUCCUUUUGAUCAACCCCUCUCACAGAUCUAUAAGACCACCGUGUGAGGCCACUACAAGAUCUGCAAGAUCUCCUGAAUCCUUACGUCUCCUUGAAGAACUCUAUAAGAGGUCUACAAGAUCUAAAACUCUUCUGCUGGAUCUUCUAAUAUUUGAACUCAUCUGCAUUAUGUUUGGAGUAAAGUCAGAUUAGAUUAUUCAGAUGUGCCCUCCCCAGAGACCAUGACAAAUUAUUGGCAAAGAUAAUGUGACUAUGUUUAGCUAUAGUUUAAGAAACUCCCUGUCCUCUAGAAGUUAUACAACAAAUUUGCAACCGCAAAUACUUUUUGAAGGAAAAAGCCGCCCCUCCUGCUGAUUUUGACAGAAAAUCAUUUAUAUAUCCAUAAAUUCAUUCACAAAGAAUAUUUAGUGCUCUGCUAGAGCUACGUUCUUAUGUGAGUGCUUCAUUUUUAAACCCAAGACUUAGGGCUUGUAACUGUUUAGCUCUUUUUCCCGGCGCCCUACCCGAGAAAAACGCUCGGGUCAGGGAGUUGGUUCUUCUGUCCCUUGUGUUGAGACUAGAGGUCUUCACAAGUCCAACAGUUUGGGCUGAAACCCAAAAAGACCCAGAAAUUUAUUCCUGGACUGGUCUCUUAUUUGAAAGCUGGGACUCGGACCAAUGAAAAACCGAGAAAUGGCCGACCUAACCCCAGCUGGGGGACCAGGGUGUGGACGCCAGGGGAGCGUGGCUCCUCUUAAUGAGCCAUGAGCUCCCCUAAAAACAUGAUUUGUGAAAUUUUCCAGGGGUCUCUAAAAUAUUGACUUAAAAUAUUGCUUUAUUGCCAUGUAUUUCUAUUUUCCUCUGUGGAUCAAAUGUAAAACUAGGCUAUUAUUGAUGUAUGAUUUAUGUAUUUAUGCCAAUUUACUUUAAAACAAACCGUAUAUAUAUAUAACUUUUAUCUAAGUAGGAAGUCACAUUGAGAUUAAAUCCUACCAGCACGUUAUUCUUGUCAUCGCCAUCGAAGUGUGGAAGUGCAAUAUCAUAAACUUCACUCACUUUAGCUCAAAGAUCAGAAGAAACUUUUUUAGUCCCACUCAGUCUGUGUGCAGAAUCUCCAUGAUUAAAUUAAGAUAAAGCACCAGGUGAAACUCUGGAACAGCUUUGCACAGCAGGCAGGACACACCUUCCCACCUCAUCUGAGUGUGAGAGGGGGUUUCCUGCCAUUACUGAUACUGACAGCAGGGCGCAAUAGGUUGCAUGAAAUCAGCCUCUCAUCACUCCUUGUGGUUUUUAAUGGACCCCCUUUGGCAAGACCCAAUCUGCACCUGCACCAA